ACGACAAAACCUUAGCUUUCCAUGCUCAAAAAACAAAAAGAUGGGAAUCACAACGCUCUUUCUCCACUCGACAACAGUCCCUCCCUCUCUCUCCUCUUUCAAACCCUCUCUCUCAUUCCCAAAUACUACAAAAAUCUCUCUCAGGCAUUUCCACAAACAACUUCCGUCCACGUCGCGUUCCACACAAAAAUUACCAAGAAGAAUCAACCCUCUUUUCUCCUCUGCUCUCAAUUCCUCAUAUUCCGACCCUUCCCAACCCAACCCUCCAAAUCCUAUUUCCCUCAAAACCCUCUUUAAACCCUCCUUCUAUCUCUCCCUCCCAAUCACCCCUCUAGACAUCUGCAAAUGGGCUGCAAUCCUCUCCAUCUCUAUUGCAGCCACCAAGAAGACUCUCAAUCUCCUCGUAAACCCCUUUUUCUGGAUGUAUUUCAGCUGGACGUGGCUUUUCUGGCCUUGGAUUUUCGCCGUCGUCCUUGCAAUCUACGGUGUCUACUGCCUUCGAAAGCACUCGCUGCAAAAAGCUAAUGUUGUCGAACAGCUUGCAAUCGUAACAUCGGCGAUCACAUGGCUGACCCUCGUCCCACCCGCCCAUUUCAAUGGGUAUCUAGAAGGAUGGCCUGUUGUCUUCUUCUUCGCCUACCACUACUUCUUCUUCUUCGAUGCUAGCAUCAGAAAGCGACUCUAUGGUGAUUUGUACCCCCGCCCACACGACUCCAGAUGGGACAUUAGCUUACCCAAUUCGGCCCGCCUGCUAUUUGCAGCAGCCGUCAUGGUUGCUCACUGGCUGGCUGCAGCAGAGGGGCCCGAGCUGCACCUCAUACCAGGCGGGUGGGCGAAUUUCGGCAUCUGGGUUUUGAUUGCAGUAGCCCAGUUUAUGAAGUACCAUUCGACGCUGUACCUCGCGAAAUACUCAGAGAAAGUGGUCGUGCCGACUUCAGUUGUGCAGUUCGGGCCAUACCGGUGGGUCCGGCACCCGAUUUACGCAUCAACAAUGCUGCUAUUUGCAGUGUACUUUGUUGCUCUGCGGGCCCCGCUUAGCUUGUUGUUUGUUGUUGGGAUUUGUUUGGCGUAUUACAGCCGCAAGGCAAAAUUCGAGGAGGAUCUGAUGGUGAAGACUUUCAGGGAAAGCUAUACCGCUUACAUGAGUAAGGUUCGGUAUAAGUUCAUUCCUCUUGUAUAUUAGUUUGUUUCUACAACAAAGAUCUCAUCUCUUGCUGUUUUUCAUCUGAACUGAAUUCUGGAAGUGGUAACUUUGCAAUUUUUGGGUUGUUUUUUCUUGCCAAUUCACAGUAUUCUGUGUUUGUGCUUGAUCUUUUAUGUUUAGCAUGUGAAAGUAUAAAUUAAAAUGUCAGUCUGAAGUGUAUGUUGCUUUUCA